AUGAUGUCCACUCUGGAGGACGCCAAGGCCGGCGGGGACUUCGUGAUGCUGUUGCUAAUCGACGAACAGGGUGCCGUCGACAGCUUCCCUCACGCAGUUGUCCAGCAGAUCCUGGACCUCGUCGGGAUCGGUGGCAACAUGCGGGAGUUCCUCUCGUUGUUCCUGCACAGUCGCAUCCCCCGGGGAUGUGUUGGUCAUUCGAAGAGCACCCCUCAUACAGUCGCUGCAGGCGUGCCACAGGGGUCAGUGGUGAGCCCCUUCCUUUUCAACCUGGCCAUGGCACGGUUGCCUGCUACCCUGCCGAUUCAACCUCACUUCCCCGUGCAGUCCUCAAUCUACGCGGACGACAUCGCCCUAUGGGUGCGGGGACCACCGCAAUACACCCGCAAG